CUAAUGGUAGAAACCACAUCAUAUAAAGUGUUCCUGUGGAAGCAUCAAACAAUAGCAAAAACAUCGUCAUCGAUUUCGUCAUGGAGGGUUUUUUUUAUGUGGCGUUUGUCGUAGGCCUGGUCUGACCUGAGAGCCAAAAGCAUUACCUUUUGCGAUUUGGACCCAACUUUGCUUCACGUACAGAGAGCUAAUUUUCACUUCAAGCAUGGAAUUUAUUCCUAGUACUACAAUCUAUCUUAUAACUCUUCUCUCCUUUUCCAUGCCUUUUGCAACUUCCGCCACCAUCUUUGAUUUCGAAAACUGUGAGUUCCCAGCAAUCUUUAACUUUGGUGACUCCAACUCCGAUACCGGUGGAUUGGCAGCUUCUUUCACCCCCCCUAACUUUCCCAAUGGAGAGACAUACUUUGACAUGCCAGCAGGAAGAUACUGUGAUGGAAGGCUUAUUAUAGAUUUUAUUUCAAAGAGUCUUGAUCUUCCGUAUCUGAGUGCAUAUUUGAAUUCUCUGGGGACGAACUUCACUCAUGGAGCAAACUUUGCCACUUCAUCAUCCACCAUUACCUUACCAACUAGUAUUAUGCCAAAUGGUGAAUACAGUCCUUUCUACCUUGGAGUACAAUAUGAGCAAUUCUUGCGAUUCAAAGCCAGGUCACAGUUGAUCAGGGAAGGAGGAGGAAUUUUUGCCAGGUUGAUGCCCCGAGAAGAAUAUUUUGAAAAAGCUUUAUACACAUUUGAUAUUGGUCAAAAUGAUCUCGGGGCUGGAUUUUUUAGUAUGUCUGUUGAGGAAGUGAAUGCAUCUGUCCCUGAUAUGAUUAAUGCAUUUUCAACAAAUGUUGAGAACAUGUACCAUUUGGGAGCUAGAUCAUUCUGGAUUCAUAACACCGGACCAAUUGGUUGUCUCGGCUACAUUUUAGUUGGAUUUCCCACAGCAGAGAAAGAUGUUGCAGGUUGCGCUAAGCCUUACAAUGAAGUAGCUCAAUACUUUAAUCACAAGUUGAAGGAAAGUGUUUUUCAACUCAGGAGAGAUUUUUCAACAGCUUUAUUCACAUAUGUAGAUGUUUAUUCUCUGAAGUAUGCUUUGUUCAGCGAGCCGAAAACAUAUGGAUUUGAGCUUCCACUUGUAGCAUGCUGUGGCUAUGGCAACCUGUAUAACUAUAGCAGCGGUGCUGUAUGUGGAGCAACCAUUGCAAUAAACGGUACCCAAAAAACAGUGGGUUCAUGUGAUACCCCCUCGGCACGGGUAGUUUGGGAUGGGGAGCACUACACUGAAGCUGCAAACAAAUUUAUUUUUGAUCAAAUUUCUACAGGAGUAUUUUCUGAUCCACCUGUUCCUUUGAAAAUGGCAUGUCAUAGGACUGCAGACCUUCAGAGAUACUAAUUAACUAGAUAUCAUAUGUAUCAAAAUCAUCGAAUACCCAAAUGUUGAAGAAUUUAGCAAUGCUGAUUAACUAAAGCAACUAGACACAAGCAUGACAGGUUGCACGACACCAAACUCCCUGAUCUGAGGAAAACAGGAAACUAUUAAUGUGUUAACAGGGUAAAGUUACUACAAAUUUUAGGGAUAUAAUCAACCAUGAACUCAUCAUUAUGGCCAGUAUUAGACUAGGCUGGUCAACUGACUGAAAGUGACCUUUUCUGCUCUUGUAAUUCUGAAAGAUAAUGCCUAAAUGAAUUUUGAAGAUGUAUUGUUAAAUAUAGCCAGAACAGUUUUUUUU